AUGUCUCGCUUCCCCAAACCACGCAAACUGGCUGUACCAGUCAAGCCUCCUAAGGGUCACUUCUUCUUCGCCGGUCACACCAUCGAGCGUGUCAAAUGGUGGACGUCAGGACCCAUGAGGAAGCUGUAUUUCCUCUUGGUGGUCAUGGUAUGUUCAAAUAUCAUCUCGGACAAGUUCAGGACUUACUUGAGAGCUAGAUCAUGA